GUGAACGUGGAAGGGGGACUGGAACGAAAAACACACGUCAAAAAUUCUUGAACACGAAUAGCAAACUACAAAGCAUUUAAAACAAACGUUGCCAAAUGCAAUUGAUCCAAAUUUUAAAAGGUUUGCAAUAAGUUUAGGGAAGCCGCAGUUGAGGUCGUAGAGCAGGAAGUGUCAAUAAAACAAACUCGGUGACAAGUGAAGACAGAGAGAGGAAGAGAGCACAGCGAGAGGCAGCCACGAAAACAGUUUACUAAAUUAACAAAUUCACAAGAAAAAAAAGAGGGAAUCAACUUCGUCAACAAAGAUGUCGAACAAUGCAACGGGACCCACAAAACAAGAAAUUGAAGCCGUUUUCAGUCGUCUGCGUGCGCAACCAGCUAACAAGUCCUGCUUUGAUUGCGCCACUAAAGCGCCCACAUGGUCCUCCGUCACGUAUGGCAUCUUCAUAUGCAUCGAUUGCUCCGCCGUCCAUCGCAAUCUCGGCGUGCAUUUGACCUUUGUGCGCAGCACGAACCUCGACACCAACUGGACUUGGCUGCAGUUACGCCAAAUGCAGCUGGGCGGUAAUGCGAAUGCGGCGCAAUUCUUUCGUGGCCACAACUGCACCAGCAGCGAUGCUCAAGUCAAAUACAAUUCACGGGCAGCACAGCUCUAUCGCGACAAGUUAUCUUCGCUUGCUCAGCAAGCCAUGAAGGUGCAUGGCACCAAGCUGCAUUUGGAACCCACGGCCGACAAGAGCGAGGGCAACGAUGCCGCCAAGGAGGAACAGCAGGAGGAGGACUUUUUUGCGCAAUGCGACAAUGACAAUGCCAACGCUUUGCUCGAGAACAACAACAUCAGCCUGGCAAGCAACACGCCCAAGCUGGAACCCAAAGCAACCACGACCCCAAUUGUGGCAGCUGAUACGGGCGCACCCAGCGUUGAUCUGCUCAAUGCCAUUGUGGCACCUGCGGCGGUGCCGUCUUCGAUUGGUGUGCGCAAAAUACAGCCCAAGAAGGGAGCAUUGGGAGCACGAAAAGUGGGCGGCUUGGGCGCCACAAAAGUAAAGACUAACUUUGCCGACAUCGAAGCACGCGCAAAUGCAGCGAAUGAGAGCAAAACAGCAGCUGCUGCUGCUGUCGCUGACAAGCCACAAACCGCUGAAGAGCAACUGGAGACGGUGGCCAGCAUGCGUUUGGCAUAUCAGGAUCUGUCGCUGCAAAAGACACGCGAGGAGGCCAAGCUCAAGAGCAUCGAUCCCGCCAAGGCCAAGCAAAUGGAGCGUCUGGGCAUGGGUUUCAAUUUACGUGGCUCUGAUGUGGCACAUUCGGCGCUGAGUGACAUGGAAACGUUGCAGCAGACAGUUGCGCCCAAGUCAAGUGCACAAAGCAAAUUGGCAGCGCUGGAGAAUGAUAAUUUCUUCAAUGAUCAUUCGUUGAAUUUGUACGGUGAAAAGAAGGAGUCGAGCACUGGCAGCAGCAGCAAAUUAGAUAAAUAUGAACUGGAUGCGUUGGGCUAUGAGACGAUUGAACCCAUUGGUGGCACGCAUAGUAACAUUACGUCAAUGUUCGCGGCCAGCAGUGACUACGACAAGCCCAAGGCGACCAGUGGCGGAUCAGCAUCAUUGGCCAGCAAAAGUAAAAGCAGCAAGAGUAAUAGCAGCUACAAUAGCAAUGAUCCUGUGGCGGCUCAACAAAAGUUUGGCAAUGCCAAAGGCUUUGGCUCCGAUCAGUUCUUUGCGAGCGAACAAUCAUCGGCUGAUAUUAGCGCAAAUCUAAAUCGUUUCCAGGGCUCACGCGCUAUAUCGUCAUCCGAUUACUUUGGCGACGGAACGUCAGGCGGCAGUGGCUUGAACAAUCGCAACAGUUCUGGUGGCUACUCGACGGCGGUGAACUUCAAUGCUCCCGAUCUCGAUGAUGUGAAGGAGAGCGUGCGCCAGGGAGUACACAAAGUGGCCGGCAGGCUGAGCAAUCUGGCCAACGAUGUCAUGUCCUCGCUGCAGGAUAAAUACGGUUACUGAUAGUGAAGAGAGAUUGGAGAGUGGAAAGCCGGGUGCGGGGACAGUAGACAGCAACAGUUGCCGUGUUAGUUUUAAUGUUUUUUUAAUGCAUACACGAGUAUAUACACACACAUAUAUAUAUAUAUAUAUAUAUAUAUAUAUGUAUAUGUAUAGAGUAGUCUCACUUCACUUUAGCACAUGUGCAACAACAAGGGUUAUAAACAAAUUCCAAGCCGACAGCACUCACAUUGCAGUUGCAUUGAAUUCCAAAACAACAAAAAAAAAACGAAAAGCAACCAAGUUAAGCGUAAG